CGGUUGUGUUGUUAACGUUAGAGGCUGCAGACUCGGACAUUGUUACGCUCUUGAGACGAAUGUAAUGUCUAGGAUGGCAAUAUGAGUUCAGUAAUAGGUAGACAAAUCUAUGUCCAGUCAGUAAAGCUGAACAGGUGGCGUAUCUGAGCGCGAGCAGACGGACAGCUUCCGUUAAUCUCUUGCUGACGAAAACUCACCGGGAAAACCUUCAGUUCGUCAAGUUCUCAUCCUACUGUUUGUACCUCCGGUAAAGGAUUCCUUUUGGAAUUUAAAGUUUCCCGUUGGAUUUACUAGCAAACACCUUGUUUUGUUUUUUAUGCCUUGUGACUGUGAUGUGGUGAAUGUCCGCGUGUCAAAAAGCGACAUGUUUCCUGAAAUUAAUAACAAGUCAGCCAGACCCGAGGCUUUUCCUCAACCUCACAGGUCUCAGGCAGAGAACACAAAAAAAGGGCCCAACUCCUACUCACAGAAAUGCGGGACAGGGGUUGGCACGUUGCCCCAGCUGGAGGCUCCGGUCAAGCAAGUUUUUGUGAGCAAUGGCAAACUACUGCAUUCAAAUGGAACCUUACCCAGUAUUGUCAAACAGCUGGUGCAAAGCACCCAAGGGAAUCAGGAGGAGAGACCGAGGCCACAGUUUCCCAAUCGCUUUGGUUCCUCUGUGGAAAACAUUUCAGAAUCCUUAACUAGGAGCAUCAUCAAUAAGUUUGAGAAGAUCAGGACAUACGAGGGACAGAGGCUGCCUAUGUCUCCAACAACUGCACUGAAACACUUCCAGAGCCAGCUGACAGAAUACGAAAGGGAGGAGAUCAUGGACUACUCUGAGAUCUGGUAUCUGGGAUUGGACACAAAGAAGAUUGAAGGCACACAGGGAUCCCCACAGAAUUCAGGAUAUGACGAUGAGCAUGGCAGCUACAUCAAGGUCCUGCAUGACCAUAUAGGCUACCGUUAUGAAGUCCUGGAAGUGAUUGGAAAAGGAUCAUUUGGACAAGUUUUGAAAUGUUUGGAUCACAAGACAAAUGAGAUGGUAGCCAUCAAGAUCAUUCGAAAUAAAAAGAGGUUUCACCAUCAGGCCCUUGUUGAGUUAAAGAUCCUGGAUGCAGUGCGGAGAAGAGACAGAGACAACUGCCACAACGUUAUUCACAUGAAGGAGUACUUUUACUUCCGAAACCACCUGUGCAUCUCCUUCGAGCUGCUCGGAGCGAACUUGUAUGAGCUCAUUAAAAAGAACAACUUCCAGGGCUUCAGUCUGGGGUUGAUUCGACGUUUUGCCCACUCGCUGCUCAAAUGCCUGCAGAUGCUGCACAAGGAAAAGAUCAUCCACUGUGACCUUAAGCCGGAGAACAUACUGCUGACCCAGAGAGGACUAGGAAACAUUAAGGUGGUCGACUUUGGAUCAAGCUGCUAUGAGCAACAGAGGGUGUACACUUACAUACAGAGCCGCUUUUAUCGCUCACCAGAGGUGAUUCUGGGUCAUCCGUACAGCAUGGCGAUAGACAUGUGGAGCCUGGGCUGCAUUCUGGCUGAGCUCUACAUCGGCUAUCCUCUCUUCCCAGGAGAGAGCGAGGUGGAGCAGAUCGCCUGUGUCAUGGAGAUCAUGGGGCUGCCUCCAAAUGACUUUGUUCAAACAGCAUCACGGAGGAAAUUAUUUUUUGAUUCCAAAGGAAACCCGAGGAACAUCACAAACAGUAAAGGGAAAAAACGCAGACCCAACUCCAAAGAUCUCGCCAGCGUUCUGAAGACAAACGAUCGUCUGUUUCUGGACUUCAUACGACGUUGUCUUGUGUGGGAUCCCACCAAGCGCAUGACACCAGAUGAAGGCAUGCAGCACGAGUGGAUACACGAAGGCCGUCUCAACAGACUUCAUCCUAAACCGCGAACUCUCCGGAGAGACAACGACAACAACUUUGAGUUCACUUACCGCAAAGCAGCAGUAAACAGGACAAGCAAGGUUGAUAAAACCGCAUCUGACGAAAAGCUCAAAAGGGUCAGCGACGAUUCAAGCAAAGGAGGCAAGACGGCAUCAGAAGAACGUCUUCAACCAAUAGGAGCCUCAGCUGAGGAAGACAACAGCGAGGACAUGAGCAAAAGCAUAAGCCAGGAAAGCAAAGAUAGCAAGACCGAAUCCAGCGGAGAGCGAUCCGUUCAGAUCAUCAUCAAACCUCAAACAGGGUCGAGCACUGAUUCAGAAGGACAAGAUCCUCAGUUUCUCCCGCCUAUCGUAUAACACGCGAAAGAUGUUUAUUUGUAAUAUUGUGAUGUAAUAUUGAUUUAUACUUCAGCCGCUUGGUCUGGACCUACCUGUUGUGCGGCUAUUGUUGUAUUGCAAAAAAGUCAAAAUGUUAUUUAUAUUUUAGCUGUUUCUUACUUGCUAGGGUUCUGUAAGUCUAAAAAAAGUUAAAAUUACAGAAAGUGGUUGAAAGGUGUUUAAUCAAUGUUUUGACUACAUUGUAAAAAGUGAAAGUUGGAUCUACUUAAACAAUUACUUGGUAAUAUUAAACAAAUUAAGUUUUGUCAGCAUAAAACUGCUCACUUUAAAUUAAAAAUGUAAGGUGGUUUUUUUUAGGUGUUACCAAUUGAAGUAAUUUAAGUUAAUCCAACUUUAACUUUACAUUUACAUUGUAUUUUAAAGAUAUGUUGGAUUCUAAAUGAAGUGAACAAUUUUGCAUUUGAUUGUGAUAUAUUUUAAAAGGAUUGACUAGUAACACUGGCAUAUUUUUGCAGCGCAUAAUGCCAUGUGCAUGUUUAUCGGGUCUAGUGGGCUUUUUUAUUUACUUUUCACCGCGUUUAAGCUUUUAACGAUUUUUAAUGGAGUUUAAGGAAAUCUUGAGUACAAAAGCUGCUUUCUUGUGCAAUAUUACUGCAUGGAUUAAACAGUGUUUGAAUGUUUCGUUGUCAUUUGCCAGAUUAGUUUUCUAUGAGUUACUGAAGUAAGCUCCCUGUCAGUGCAAUAAUAACUGAGCCAAAGAGAUUCAAAGAGAUUUAGCCUUUAUAUUUUCGUGCUUGAUACAUUAUAAAAAAACUUAAAUAUCUGAUUCAAAGCACAAUAGAUUAUAAUGUGCACAAGACCUGAAUGAUUGUAUUGAUGAUAAUGUUUGUUUCUUAAUAAUAUAAGGAAUUAGAUUUAAAAAGUUUCUGUUAAAAAUACUAUUUAAAGUUCUAACUGAUGUGAUUUUAGCGAUAAUUCAGUUUUGUAAACUAGUGCUUUACCAUAUGUUCAUACUACAGUUUAUGGAUUUUAAUUGUUUAUUUUUCUGUAUAUACUAGUAUUCGUAAGGUAAACACCAUGCACCAUAUGUGGAUGCUAUCAGUCAUGUAAACAUUAGACAAGGUUUUACUUGUUCAUAUUGUUUAUUUGUUAUAGAUGCAAAAGAGAUUUUUACUACCGUUUGCUAUCUCUAUCCAAUGAGUGUUUCUUAAUCAUUUUGUUAGAAUAAAGUCAAGGAUCUUAGGUACAGUAGUGCCUUUCAGUAUUAGAAUGAAAUGUACUCAUACAUAACAU